AUGGAAUCGCCAAAUUCGACCACGAAUCAGAACUCCCUCACGAACAACCUGGUGACGGUACCGAUUCCGAUACUACCGUCAGAGGGCACCUAUGCGUACGUGUUCGUGAAAGGAUCGCUGUACGCCCGGGAUAGUUCCAUCUUCGGUUGCUCCACGGACGAGGUCCAGGCCCUGUCGAAACGCUUUCAGAUUAGUUCAAUUCCCAUCGACAACGGGGUGGUCAUCAAGGUGGCUCCAUCUCUGAUCAUCAACUCGCUGGCCCAGCUGGGCUACAAGGUUAUCUCGAGCACCGGCGAGGCGGAAGUCGUAUGGACACUGCAGCGCGAGCUGUAGAGAGCCCUAUAUUGUGUAUAGUUUAAAUUGUUUGCAAACACGCAUAAGCAAUCGAUAGGUGACCACCCUAGAUGUGGAUCCUUUAAUUUAAGGCCAUCAAGCAACACUGGAGCAACCCAGCUUUUAAUCUUCUCUGCGCAAUAACAAUCUUCUUUGAACAGAACGUAGUCUUGUGUAACACCUCUGCAUAGUACCUAUCUACCUAUUAGUGUGUUGUGUGAAUUAUUCGCAUCCCGCUGUGUAGCGUCGUCACCCCGUGUCUAAUUGAACUUGUUGCCUAUUUUCAUCUUACACGAAGCCAUCGCCGCUGCCAAAGACCAACGGAGUCAAAUCUCACA